UUCUACGCCAGCCCAGCAAACAACACUGUAUCAACACGAUGCCGCCGAUUGACCUGAACGUGCCUUGCAUGGAUUCUGUCAGCUUCGGACUGAUUCGGCAUGUCUUGCGUCGCUCACCAUUCAUAAAGACAAGUUUGCGCAGUAACACUACCUUUUUCUUCUUAGUCACCAACAGCAUCCGCGAUCACAAUCCCAUAUAGCGCCCACGGCAGCUUCGUGCACUCAUCGUGUUCUUGACUGUAACAUAUGACGCAAGCUAGCGGACCCUACGAUGGACGCAAGGCGCGAAGGAAGCGGUGCGACCGCUGUGUUGAGCGCCGAAUUAAAUGUAUUGGUGGCUUCCCCUGUCUGAACUGUAGCAAAACAAAUCGUACAUGCCACAUAACGACGAAGCGAAAGACCUCUGCACCAAUCUUCCUUCACGCAACGCAAGCAACCUAUACGAACACGGCCCAUUCCCAUGUGAACAAGACAACGGUUUCUUUGAUCCCGCGAGCACCUUCAAUAAAAAGCGAUAUUUACCUGACACACUUCUUCAUAUCGUUCUUACACCAGAAUUCAUUCACAGGCAUAGCUCCACGAUUCGAAACUUCGCUCUGCUCUCUUGUUCACCACGCUCCCGAACUCCGCGAUGCGAUCAACGCAAUAUCUGCGCUUCACAUCACUCAGCAUAGCCAGCUCGCCUCCACUAGGGAUGAGAAUCUCGCAGCACUGCAAGCAUAUUCCCGUUCUGUUCAUUGCGUACAAGCAAAGAUCGCAUCGAAGUCGUUCUUGUGCGAUCCCUCGGCGUUGUGGACAACCCUGCUACUCGGUGUAUUUGAGCUGAUGCGUGACAGCACUGGCACCAACUGGCUCGCACACUUCUUGCAUGGCACAAGUACUAUCUUGCGCAUGCAAGGUCCCAACAUGCUUAUCCUUCCAAACAAGGACACCGAACAGCGGCAAAUGUUCUUCUUCGGUGCACGAAUUUUCGAGAUCGUACGCGCGCUGAUAUUCACUGAACCCACCUUCCUUGCCGAACCGGAAUGGAAACUGGCAACCAAACUGUACUGGAUCCAGCACAUGGGUGCCUGGACGCCUAAGGAGGCGUUAUUCGACAUUCUACCACAGUUCGUGGACUUGGGUACACGGACUCUCCACUUCGUUACCAAUGCUCAGAAUAUGCCACAACAGGUGCAACAUUAUUCUGCGACAUCAUUAGCCCAAGAGGGCCUUGUUCUGCAAUCUACUCUUCUCCAUUGGCACUCGGACUUCACCUCUUGGGCAUCUCUCAGUGUCGAUGGGAACAAGCUAGACGUGGAGAUAAGCAUCGCGCGUGUGUAUUAUCACACCAUCUCUGUUUAUCUUGACGGUAUAUUCUCAUACCACGUACCUUUUACAUCCGCAUCAGCACCGCCCUCUCCGACCUUGAGUAGCACCGUAGUAGGCGGGCAUGUGAGGCAGAUCCUAAUGACAAGUGGCAGCCUACUGGACCAGGGAAGUGCGGGAAUACUUCUGUUCUUCCCAUUAAGGGUUGCAGGGGCAAGGGCUCGCGAUCGUUCGACUCGGUUCGAAAUUCUGCAACUGUUAGAGACAAUCACACUGAGGGGUUUCUCAGUAGCCCAGUCGUUUGUGAAUGACCUCAACGAAUUGUGGGCGCGACAAUGAACGAAUUGACAGCACGGAAUGCUUGGAACUGUAUAUUGAAAGGACUUUCAAAGUAAGGAAGACGUUGUCUUGUUGAGUGGGAGCGUACACAACAAAGAGCUGCUGCGGAAAUCUUUCAACAUAUUUAAGGCGCAUAGCUACAAUAUGGAUGCUAAACAACUCGGUUUGGAGCAGAGACUAUAUGUAGUCAG